AUGCCCAUCGCAAUGCCUUCCAUGCCGGCUCCGGCACUAGCCCUGGCACUGCUCGGUGCUUUCGGCCUCGCCAUCGCCCCGGCUGUUCAGUCGGCCCCCACCAUCGAGGCCAUCCAAGCUACAUGCGCCAAGACAAUACAGCCAGACUCUUGCAAACACGUCCUGCUCGCCAACAUGGCCGCCGGCUCACCGGAGGUGAACAGUGUCCCCCUAAUGUCCCUGCAAGUCGCGGCAAAGCUCGCCAAGAUGGCCAACGGCUUCGCCAAUGCCAGGCUCACCACGGACCCGCACCCCGCCAAAUGCCUCGCAAACUGCAUCGAAGACCUUCAUAGGGUGGCCAAGGCAUUUGAGGGGAUCCCAGUGGAGGCGGUUAAGCCUGGCGACGAGGCGGGGGUGCUGUCCUUCAGCUCGGAGUUCAAGCCGACAUGCGGGGACGACUGCCCGAAGCCAAUCCCCGAGAGGACCGAGGACGAACGGGCCACGCGCGACAAGUUUGUGGGUGUCAUGAGAGCGAUCGGCGUCAUGCAGGACCUUUUCUUAACCAAGACUUGGUAA